UGGCGGAUGAUACGGAUGCCGAGUACCACACGCUCCUUCGAAGAGCUCCGUCUUCCCCUGGGGCAUCGUUUGCUAAACCUUCCAAAUCGUUGGGCUCAAGGAAGGAAGCGCGGGGCAGACGGCAAACACAGAAAUGCGUAUGAUCAAAGUGUGCCUGCUUCCGAUGAGAAGCACACAUGCAGUCUGUCUGACAGCAGGCCAGAUAGUUUUACAACACCAGAAGGCCACAAGCCCCUUUCCAGGUGCUCAGACUGGGGGACUGCAGUUGAAGAAGAUGAAAUGAGGACCAGUGUUAAUAAAGAAAUGGCAAGAUACAAAAGAAAACUCCUGAUAAAUGAAUUUGGAAGAGAAAGGAAGCUGUCCACUGGAAGUUCUGAUUCCAAGGAGUUCCCCACAGCUGUGGAAUUUGAGACAGAUGAGGCUGUUCUGAUGAGGAGACAGAAACAGAUAAAUUAUGGGAAGAACACACUGGCAUAUGACAGAUACAUUCGAGAAGUUCCAAGGUGCCUACGAGUUCCAGGGGUCCAUCCAAGAACUCCAAAUAAAUUUAAGAAGUACAGCCGAAGAUCUUGGGACCAACAGAUCAAACUCUGGAAAGUCGCCUUGCAUUUUUGGGACCCUCCUGCUGAGGAGGGCAGUGACACAGAAAUAAUCACUGUUGACCUUGGUGAUAUGGAGACAGAAUCCGUAAGAAGUCAUUCGUCUGGGUCACAAGAAAAUUUGCAAGACAAUGAUGAACACUGUACCGGCACACCCACCAAGGUGAGGAGCAUCGACCGCCUGGCCAACGACGAGUGUCUGCCGGAGGCGAGGCCCUGACGCUCCGGGGCUCCGCGGAUGCAUUCUGCAGGCCAUCUGCCAGCCAGGCAGGCAUCCGCACGAGGGUCUCCAAGGGAGGCAGGCAGGCAGGUGCAGCCCUCCCGUGCCACAGCCCAGGGAGCUGGGCCGUGGCCUCGCCAGCAGGGUUCCUCCUGGCUGCCGUGGAGGCGCAGCGCGCGCAUUAAGCAGAAUCGGGUCCAUCCAGUCGACUCCCGUGAAGCAGGUGACUUUAUGCGCGGUGGUUCAGAUGAUCCCGGGGAGGUUGUGGCCCUUCAGCAGUCUGGAAACAUGGAACAUGGGUAGGACUUCCUUCGCAUAAAUGCCCAUUUUUAUCCCCCGUUCUGUAUAUGUGUUGAGUUUAUUCGGCUCAGUGGCCCUUAUGCACAGCCCAAGAAAAUAAGAAGCAGUUGUUCUCCGUGCAGUCCUGCAGCCCCUGCGGCGAUGAAACGGGUUGUGGCGUUCUUUGGACUGACCGCUUGAUGCCACUAAGCAAUAACCGCCAUGCGACGAGCGAGCGCGCUGCUUUCCUUGGGAAACAUCCGACCCGGUUUCCAGGCCUGCCUCAGAGCAGCUGAUCUCCUACGUUGAUCUGAAUCGGUCUUGUAAAUAGUUGUGUGCAGGUUUUCACUAGCUUUUGCAAAAGAAUGACCAGAACUUUGGAGACCUUCUAUUUUUAUUAAUUUUUAAUGUCCAACUAUAGAAUUUUUACUGAAAUCAGUUGCUUGUUUUUGUAUAGCAAAAGCUUAAAUAAAGCAGGAACAUCUUAA